CUCCCACUUCCCAGCUCCGGCUCUGCCACCAGCUCCCGCCUCGGAUCCCCCUCCCUGAGCCCCCUCCCAGGAGCGGAGCCCACCCGAGGGGCCCUCUCCCGUCCUCCAGCCAGCCGCCCGGCCAGAACAGCAGCCCCGGGGGGCAGUCCCCCAACAGCCUGCCUCCCUCCAGCCCUUCUAGAACCCCCAAACAUGAAUCUCUUCCGAUUCCUGGGAGACCUCUCCCACCUCCUAGCCAUCAUUUUGCUACUGCUCAAAAUCUGGAAGUCCCGCUCGUGUGCUGGGAUUUCAGGGAAGAGCCAGGUCCUGUUUGCUGUGGUGUUCACUGCCCGCUACCUGGACCUUUUCACCAACUACAUCUCACUGUACAACACGUGCAUGAAGGUGGUCUACAUCGCCUGCUCCUUCACCACAGUCUGGAUGAUUUACAGCAAGUUCAAAGCCACUUAUGAUGGGAAUCACGACACGUUCCGGGUGGAGUUUCUCGUUGUUCCCACGGCCAUCCUGGCGUUCCUGGUCAACCACGACUUCACCCCUCUAGAGAUCCUCUGGACCUUCUCCAUCUACCUGGAGUCGGUGGCCAUCCUGCCGCAGCUGUUCAUGGUGAGCAAGACGGGUGAGGCGGAGACCAUCACCAGCCACUACCUGUUCGCGCUGGGCGUCUACCGCACGCUCUAUCUCUUCAACUGGAUCUGGCGCUAUUACUUCGAGGGCUUCUUUGACCUCAUCGCCAUCGUGGCCGGCCUGGUCCAGACGGUCCUCUACUGCGAUUUCUUCUACCUCUACAUCACCAAAGUCCUGAAGGGGAAGAAGCUGAGUUUGCCAGCGUAGCCCUGGCCCUUGGCCGUCGCUCUCCUGGGCAGCGGAGAGAGGCAGAGGAAGGCGACGAACGGCGAAGAGCCUUCCUGUCCAGUGGUGACUUUUUUAAGAACCAACUUUUCCCCGCUCCCCAUCUUCCUCCUGCCGGGUUUCAGGGGGUGGUGGAGGACCCAGGGCUUGGGGAGCUCAGGACCUGGGCUGUUUGUAGUUUUUUGCCUUUUAGAGAAGAAAAAAAAUAAUCUUUCCACGAUUUAGUUUUUGAUUCUGAUGACUCCUUUCUCUUCUACUCUCUGGCCCUGAUUUUUAUAAACUGUUUCAAGUAUCCUACAAUGGGGGGGUGCGGGGUGGGAGAUCUUUUUUUUCUCCCAAGCCCCUUAGCUCCCCUCCAGAUCCUGCCCCUGGCCCCACUGUUUGCCAAACACUAAAUCUGUCUACAGCUGCCUCCCCGCCCUCCCACCCUGGCCGUGAACGUAGCCCUUGCCCCCCAAACUUCUGGGCUAGGGAAAGGGAGGAGGGGAGGAAAGGUCUCCCCUAUUUUUUUCAUAAUAAUUUUUCCCAGAGUUUGGGGUUUUUUAGUCCUGUCCUCGUUUUGGGGGCAUUUAGGGGGCCGGCUCCAGGGUCACCGUGACUCUGCCAUCAUGUUUUUGUACAGAAGUGAUGGUUCUUUGUUCUCUUGAAAUAAACCGAGGAAAAUGAUGCCUCUCUUUCGCUACUCCUUGCCCUCUCUCUGGCGUUUGUGGGGUCCCAGCCCGUCUGUUUCCCACUGACCGUCCGCAGGCGACAGGCCUGGGAGGAGCAGGAAGAAAAGGAACUGGGUUUCCCAAGACUGAGCUGUGCCUUGACUCCUCACGGUCCCACUGGGGAAGAUGCUCUGGAGAACAAAGCCUCGAAGAUUCUUCCCAUCUUGGCCAGAACGUCCCUGACUGUUCUCCCAAAGCUCUGGAGGGCACCAGCAGGCAGCCCCUGUCCCACCCUCAUCUGCCGUUUUAUUGAGCUAUUCUGUUUUCUUAAAAAGAGAGAGAGAUCGGUCGUCAGUCUUUAAAAACCAGAGUUUCACGUUAAAAUCUGAGUUUCUGGCUCCUCUCGGGAACGAUCCGUCAGCCUGACAAUGCCGGGUCCUUGUUUCCAGCUGGAGCUGACGGGGUGGAUGUGAGCCUGCCGCCACCUGCCGCCACCUUCCGCCACGGUCCCCAGGACUUGGCUGAGGGGUCACUGCCAUUCAUUAGCGGCUGACACCUCAUUUUCUGUUUUUGUUCGUGGAGUUAAAAAGAAAGUGAGAGAUUUUCCAUGUCUCCCUCCGGACUGGCUCCACACCUGGCCUGUUUCCUUCGUUUGCAUUACCUGCCUGGCCCUUGGAAGCUUUGGGGGCCCUUGGAAGCGUUGAGGGUUUUGUCAGACUCCCUAGUGGCCGCCGAGACCUUCCUUAGGGGCCCCCAGGUCUUCUGUAGGAUGGCUCUGGAAACUUCGGGAGGCAAGUAGCUGGCAGGCAGGUAGCUGGCGUUUCCUGAGCAUUUUUCUAGUGCCAGGCAAUGUGGUUACACGGAGGAGCCCGCUGGGCCCUCUGCACCCCUGCAGGGGGACACUGCAGAGGAGGCAACCGAGGCUUGGAGGGCGAGGGGCAGAGGCGGCUCGUGCCCAGGCUCCCUGCCGCUGCAGCCUGGGUGUUUAGCUGCUGCUGUGGAGUUUUCCACGAUGUUUCUCUUGAUUUUUUUGUUAAUCC